UUGUUUUGGCGGCUUAACUUAAGUUUUUAUUAUAUUCAAAAGAAAAUUCAGUUGUUCUUUUCCCGGAAGUUGCCAAAUUAAUGAUUAUCGUUGGUCCGAUCACUCUUGGUCAGGUGUCUUUUUUUCUCGGUAUAUUUCCGAUGAUUUCAGCUUGGAUCUAUGCAGAAUAUUAGUACAAUAAAGAUUCCCUCGCAUCCAAUGCUAGGCAAUCUGAUGUGAGUUUCGUUGAAAGCGGAAACAAUGCCGUUGAAGAGGAUGAUAGAGCGGUUUUAUUGGAAGGCGGAGGUCUUCAAUCAGCUUCUCCUAAAGCUCGAUUCUCAACAUCUUCCUUGUCUCUAUUUUUUAAGUUUCUUAUGAUGGAUGAGACUUUUGUUGAGAAUCGGCUGACACUUCGAGCUAUAUCUGAAUUUGGUGUUCUUUUGGCGUAGUAUUACAUUUACGAUCGCACUGAUGUGUUUGCCUCUUCCAAAAAGAACUAUAAUCGGGAUCUCUUCUUGUUCCUCUACUUCCUUCUAAUCAUAGUUUCGGCGAUAACUUCUUUCAUGUACCAUGAUAAGUCACCAUUUUCAGGGAAAUCUAUACUUCAUUUGAACAGACACCAAACUGAGGAGUGGAAAGGUUGGAUGCAGGUUUUGUUUUUGAUGUACCAUUACUUUGCAGCAAAAGAGAUCUAUAAUGCUAUCCAAGUUUUCAUUGCUGCUUAUGUGUGGAUGACUGGAUUUAGGAACUUCUCAUAUUAUUAUGUAGGCAAAGAUUUCAGUCUUGCUAGGUUUGCACAGGUAUAAGUUCCCCUAAAGUGAAUAGUAUAUAACCUUAAUAUAAUUUUUUUCACAUUCUAACCUUGAGUAUUUGGUUGAACAGAAGAUAUGAUGACUAAAUUUAUUUUUUUUUGCUGUGUCAUCCUCAAUAAUAGUUAUAUGUUGUACUAUAUAUGCCCAAUGCAUACUGUGUUUCUUAUAGUUUUUGGAGCACUUGGUGUAUAAAAUAAGUACAAGGAGAAAGGGUCGGUCAUUGCUCUAAAACACAUUGCCUACUUCUUGGUGGUUAUCCUAGUUUGGGAAGUGCCUGGAGUGUUUGAGGUUCCCUGGAAUCCAUUUACCUUUUCGCUUGGAUAUACUGAUCCUGCAAAGCCCAACUUUCCUCACUUGCAUGAGUGGCAUUUCCGCUCAGGCCUUGAACGUUACAUAUGGAUUAUUGGAAUGAUCUAUGCUUACUACCAUCCAACUGUAAGGAAAGUAUCAAAUCAAAUGGCUGUGACGAUAAUAGCCCUGACAAUGGGGCUAUUCUGGUUUGAAUACAUAUACAAGCUUGAAAAUAUCACAUAAUACCAUCCUUAUACCUCAUGGAUCCCUAUAACUGUGUUUAUAUGUUUACGAAAUGUCACCCAGUCCUUCCGGAGCUACACUUUAACCCUUUUUGCAUGGCUUGGAAAGAUAACACUGGAGACAUAUAUCUCACAGAUCUACAUCUGGCUGCGGUAA